UCCGGGUCGCUACUUCCUUUUCCUCUGUUCUCCGAUGCGAUGAGGACCUAAGUAAAAUCGGACCUCUAAAAAAUCCGAAUCCAUCCUUGUCGUAGGCAUCACCGAACAACGCCAAAAUGACCGAGCAGAUGACAGUAAGGGGGACCCUUAAAGGGCACAGUGGAUGGGUCACCCAAAUUGCCACGACGCCUCAAUAUCCCGACAUGAUUCUGUCGGCGUCCCGAGACAAGACCAUCAUCAUGUGGAAGCUGACCCGCGAUGAAACGAACUAUGGCGUCCCCCAGCGCUCAUUGAAGGGCCAUUCUCACUUUGUAAGUGAUGUUGUCAUCUCCUCGGAUGGACAGUUUGCUCUAUCCGGAGCCUGGGACGGAACCCUCCGCUUGUGGGACCUUACCACUGGCGCCACCACUCGCCGGUUUGUGGGACACAGCAAGGACGUCCUCAGCGUGGCCUUCUCCGCCGAUAACCGCCAAAUUGUGUCUGGCUCCCGGGACAAGACCAUCAAGCUGUGGAACACGCUUGGUGUCUGCAAGUACACGAUCCAGGAUGAAGGCCAUUCUGAGUGGGUGUCAUGUGUCCGCUUCUCCCCCAACAGCAGCAACCCCAUUAUUGUGUCCUGUGGCUGGGACAAGAUGGUCAAGGUGUGGAACCUUGCCAACUGCAAGCUGAAGACGAACCACAUCGGCCAUACUGGCUACCUGAACACGGUGACCGUCUCGCCUGAUGGCUCCCUGUGUGCAUCUGGUGGAAAGGACGGUCAAGCCAUGCUGUGGGACCUGAAUGAGGGCAAGCACCUCUACACCCUGGACAGCGGCGACACCAUCAACGCCCUCUGCUUCAGCCCCAACCGUUACUGGCUGUGUGCCGCCACCGGCCCCAGUAUCAAGAUCUGGGAUCUGGAGGGUAAGAUUAUCGUGGACGAGCUGAGACAGGAGGUGAUCAGCACAAACAGCAAGGCUGAGCCCCCACAAUGCACCUCUCUGGCUUGGUCUGCUGACGGACAGACUCUGUUUGCUGGCUACACUGACAACCUUAUCAGAGUGUGGCAGGUUACUAUUGGAACCCGAUAAGAACUUUUCAUCAAAGUUAACUUUGAAUAAAAGACAGUUUGAAAGAA